AUGGCAGCACGGCAGACAUCACAGCGUGGAGUCACUGACAUGCACAAUCUGUCGGAAAGGGUCAAGAAACAUGAGUCUUUUAAAACCCUUAUUGACAGUUGUCUUAAGUUUUCUGUGUUUGGGCAGUUGAACAUUGUGACUCAGCUGGAUGAGAGCUACAGGCUAGCGGUUCCUUGUCACAAUGAUGAGGUGAGAUAUCCUAGCCUGCCUUGUGUCACGUUCUGCGGUGUGUUUGAGUUGGCUCUGCAAGGCAUGCUUACAGUAAUGCUUAUAGAAAAUCAAGAACUGUAAAUAAAUACUACUAAUGUUUUCAACUUGUAUCUAGUACCUGUCGUGA